CGAAACUUCAAUUUUUGAAAGAAAAAUGGAAACCCUUACUUUCUCACGGAUUCUUUUCUUUUUUUCUUUUUAUAAUAUAAUUAAAAUGGGCGUAGAUGACUAUGAAAAUAAUCCUACUGAAGCUGAAUUUAUUAAUCUAGUAAAAGAUAAAUAUUGUUCGUAUUGUGAUAAACCCUUUUCUGAAGAAUUAUGGUGUAAAGAAUGUGACCCAUUUAAAUUGAUAGAAGGAUGGACCAGUGGAAAUCCAAAUGUUGAUAAGUUUAUAAAAAAUAUAAUAUAUAAUGUAAGAAAUGUGUAUUAUAAUGGAUUAUUUGAACGGGUACCAUUCAAUAGAUUUACAGACAUAAAAGAAAUUGGUGAAGGUGAAUUCGCCAAAAUAUACUCUGCAACAUGGAUAGAUGGUGUAUCUAAAUAUUAUGUAGAUGAUGAUGGAAAUUGGAAAAAAGAAGAUUCUGUACCUAUGAAAGUUGCUUUAAAAUAAUGAUAGUGGACAUUUAGCAGUAAAUCUUCAAGAGUUUCUCUUAUUAUUUGCGUGUGUUUAUACAUGUGUUAUUAUAAUCUAUUGUAGUGCUU